AUCUAGAUCCAUGCUAGCGUCAUUAACACCUUAGCUAUACUGAGCCACAGAGCUAUACUGUGGUCUUUUGAUAGCAGCUGCCCACUGUACGUUUCAUAUGCCUUCCUUCCGAUGACUCAGGCAGUGGUAAUCCGUGUUUGGUAUUUCACAACCCUGCUUUGGUGCCAUGAUCUGGCCCGCACACACAUCUAUAUCGGGUGAUUUCGGCCAGAGCAUAAACAAUGUAGGCUAGACUUAUCAUUGGUCGUGGCAAUAUGUAGGCCUACUGUUGUUAUCUAUUUUGGGGACAUUAAAAAUGUGUUAUGUUUGGAAAAAUUCAAAGCAACCAUUGAAAACCGUUAUAGCGUCGAAAUCAACAUGGAACAUAAUGCGUCAGUAGGCUACUAUAAAUUAACUUACAUCGAAUAAAUAAUAAACAAACGCACGCUGACGAACAACUAACUUCGAGAUCCAGUUAGGGUCCGUUUGGUAUCCCUCCCUCUCUCGUUGCCUCUUGCGCGCUCCCUCUCCGCUGCUUGCACUCAGAAGCUACUUUGCUCAGCGGUCCUUGUCGAUGCGCCCGUGAGACGCGAAUCAUUCGUGCAGAGAGCUUAUCCGUUCCUUCUUAUCUGCGUUCACUUGGGGGUGACUGUUCAUACAAGUAAGCCACACAGAAGGGACCGUGUGCCAAGAUGAUCGAAUUAGGGGUCUGCCAAUGAUUCUUUAUUUUUCAAGGACCUCACCGCUCCUCCCCGAAAGAUCCUGAUCAGCGAAGCGCAUUGGAAGGGAGCAAGGGAAGAGGACCAAGAGGGCAUGUCUUUCGCAAACAUCUGUCUUGACAUGAAAUUAUAUGAAAAGGGUAAUAAUGGAUAACGUUUCUGUGGCGUCUCUAAAACAGCUCAGCAACUUGAUGUAGUUUUCAGAAAAGUUUAGAUUUCGCACUGGUAACAUAGCUGCGUUGAUUGCCUCAUAAAGAUUAAGCGUUCCGAAAAUGUUCUUAUCAGAAGUUAGUGUCCCCAUCUAAGCGUGAUUAUUAAGGUUGUAAAACAAUAUUGUGAGCUGUUUUGGUGAUACUUCAGUGGCACAUGUGGUGGACUUGUCGUUGAGAUGAACUAAAAUUAACUAAAAUCAGUAACAUUGGCACUCAUUCUCUCAAAGGGUCAGAACUUAAAAGAUUGCCACCGAGCCUCAGAUAACUUUGAAACGGGGACUGUAGUUUUCCUUCAACCAUGUUUGUCGCUGGUCGACUUUUCUCUUGUGGCACAGAUCAGGAUUUGUUUGUUUAUUUAAACGGCGGGGAUUUGGUGUUGAGAUAGGUGACCCAUAGACGAACUGAUCUGUGUUGUGCUGCCAAAACCUCAACGCUUGAAGCUGUGGUUGCACUGCAGUAUAGUCUACGACACUCAUUAGUUUCCCAUUUGCUAACAUAGGUAACUCGGUUCCGAAGUCCGUCAACAAUGACUUUGAUUGCAUUUCAGUUUCAUUGGCUGAUUAUUAAAUAGUGCAUAGGGCAUUUUAUAGACGGAUCAUUGUAUUUCAUUCAGUUUACUUUUAUGAUUCUGAUCAUGUUGGGAAGCCCUUCCAAUAACGGUGGCAUUAGGAUGCUGGCUCCCCCGGCUCCAACUGACGAUAGGCGGGUUGAAUUUGUCGCUCUCACGGCGGUUCAUACCGAGAGAAGUGAACCGUCUACACCGGAACGGGGACACCCCUCUCAUCGCACGGGGCUAUUGGGGACCCCAUUGCCCGGGCCUCCAGGGCCACGAGCGAACACUGCAGCAUCCAAUAAGCGCUACAGAAAGUUUCAAAAUUUCAUGUAUAACGUGUUGGAACGACCUCGAGGAUGGGCCUUCAUCUACCACGCAUUCAUUUUCCUGCUGGUCUUCAGCUGUCUGGUGCUGUCUGUGUUCUCCACCAUCCCUGACCAUCAGAAAUUUGCCAACGAGGGCCUCUUCAUCCUGGAGUUUGUGAUGAUCGUGGUGUUUGGGCUGGAGUACUUCGUCAGGGUGUGGGCGGCGGGAUGCUGCUGUCGCUAUCGAGGGUGGCAGGGCAGGCUAAGGUUUGCCAGGAAGCCCUUCUGUGUCAUAGACUUCAUCGUGUUUGUGGCGUCGGUGGCGGUGAUUGCGGCGGGCACGCAGGGCAACAUCUUCGCCACGUCGGCGCUGAGGAGCAUGCGCUUCCUGCAGAUCCUCCGCAUGGUGCGCAUGGACCGCCGGGGAGGCACCUGGAAACUACUGGGCUCUGUCGUCUACGCACACAGCAAGGAGCUGAUCACUGCCUGGUACAUCGGUUUCCUGGUGCUGAUCUUUGCCUCCUUCCUGGUCUACUUGGCAGAGAAGGACAUCAACAGUGAUUUCUCCACCUAUGCAGACUCCCUCUGGUGGGGAACGAUCACACUCACCACCAUCGGGUACGGUGAUAAGACCCCUCGCACAUGGCAGGGACGCCUGCUCGCCGCUGGUUUCGCUCUCCUCGGAGUGUCCUUCUUCGCUCUGCCUGCUGGGAUCCUGGGGUCAGGGUUUGCCCUGAAGGUGCAGGAACAGCACAGACAGAAGCACUUUGAGAAGAGACGCACACCUGCAGCUAACCUCAUACAGGCUGCAUGGCGUCUCUACUCCACAGAUGCCCAGCGUUCUUACCUCACAGCCACCUGGUACUUCUAUGACAGCAUGCUGCCCUCAUUCAGGGAGCUGACGCUCCUGUUCAGUCACCUUCAGAGGCAGCAGCGUAGCACCAAGAAGGUUCUGCCCGCCUCGUACAACACACUGCUGUCCGGCCUCCGGCCCUACAGCUCCCCCUAUCUGUCGGGGGACAGUAGUAAGAUGGGGUUCCGCGACCGGAUACGGAUGAACAAUUCCCGUUCGUCCCAGGCCAUCAGAAACAAGGCCUCACCUUUGCCCCCUGGAAAUGACCAGCGUUCGCCGUGUCAAGACAACGUCGCCGAGGCAACCAGUCCGGGAAAGGUGCAGAAGAGCUGGAGCUUCAAUGACCGCACCCGCUUCCGCACAUCCCUACGGCUGAAGCCAAGACCUCCCGUCGAUGUGGAGGGAACAGGAGAGGAGAGCACUGAGGAUAAGCCCUACUGUGAUGUCACCAUGGACGAGGUGAUCCCUGCUGUGAAGACUCUGAUUCGUGCUGUUCGGAUCCUGAAAUUCUUGGUGGCCAAGAGGAAGUUUAAGGAGACUCUACGACCGUAUGAUGUGAAGGAUGUGAUUGAGCAGUACUCAGCCGGACACCUGGACAUGCUGGGCAGAAUCAAAAGCUUACAGACCAGGGUGGAUCAAAUCAUUGGCCGUGGGGGUGUCCAGACAGAUAAGAAGGUCCGCAUUGAAAAGGGGGAGAAGACACCACCAGAACUGGAUCAAAUGGAUGAGCUGAGCAUGAUGGGACGUGUAGUUAAAGUGGAGAAACAGGUUCAGUCCAUUGAGAACAAGCUGGACCUGCUGCUGAACUUCUACUCACAGUGCCUGAAGAAGGGCUCGUCCCACUUCACCCUGUCUUCCCUGCUGGAGCCAGACCUCACCUCAGACUACCACAGCCCCACCGACCAGCGCGAGCUCUUCCCCUCUGCCAACACGCUCAACAUCGCCCACUCCGACAGCGGGAACUUGGACUAGAGUGGAGCGGAGAGCCGUGGAGAUACUGACCCGCACCACUGCAAGUAGACGGAUUCCCACGCAGACUGCAAGCUUCAAAAGGAAAACAUGGAACCAAGCAAAAUGAGAAUGCUCACCUCUACACCAUAUCUACACACUCUGAGUCAACGGCAGCCUUCAGAAUCCCUUGUCUACCUCCAGAUCUGAAGCCUUCCAUCUCUAUCUAUCUUGUUCCAGCUCUAUCUAUCUAUUUCCACCUCUCUCUACUUCCACCACUAUCUAUCUACUUCACUCCAUCCUCUAUACGUCUACUCUUUAGACUUUCCUCUACUCAUUUUUAUUGCGUACUUUCCGUUUCCUUAUAUAGAAAAAUUGCCAAUUCCCCUUUAAAUCAUAACUCAUUCUCUCUCUCUUUCUCUCUCUACCUCUCUGUCUCUCCCUUUCUCUCUGACAUAGUCCUCUCUUCAGUGGCCUCCACUGUGGAUGAGAGCUGAACCCUUUAAAAAACAUUUCAGACUGUCUCCACUAGAGGGCAGUGGCAGAGCAGUGGCAUGCCAAAAGAAAACUGCUCUCCGAAAGGCUAAACAAGGACCUACGCACUCUACUUCCCUCUCUCUCAGGAGACACUCAGUCACUCACUCACCCCCACCCCCUUCCCUCACCGGUCUAUUUUUAAACUACAACCAACUGUGGGUAUAUCGACUUCUUUUGACAUCCUUUUUUAAUAUAAAUAAGAUUACUUUAUACAAGAUUUGAAGAUUAUAUCAUUUCUUGCUGAUGUUGAUUUUGAAUCAGUAGACCUCAAGAUCAAUCAAGGGAUUUUUUUUUUUUUUUUGUGCUUGAUUUGUUUGUUUGUUUGUUGUUUUGUUUCGUUUAUUUAGGAAGAGGUCUGAAAAUAUAUAUAUUUUCUUUUUUUGGGACAAGGCCUACUCACUCUUUUUUGUGUGGCAUCUGUUUGUUCCGUGUUUUGGGGGGGUUGGGGGUUUGUUUUCACCUGGAGCUGAUGCGAGUUGUUUUAGACUUUGCAUGGGUGGAAGUCUGAGCCUCAGCUGAAUGUAGCCCUCCCUCCCGGCCCCCCUCUCUCAUCUCUCUACUGCUGAUGGUGUCUCUGUACUGGGCAUUACUGUGGACUGGAAAAGACAUGAUGAUAAUGAUCAUAAUGGUGAUAAUGAUGAUGAUAAUAAUAAUAAUAAUAAUGUUAAUAAUAAAGGACCUUGCUGCCUGGUGUCACAUGCACAUACUGGGAGCACCGAGAGACACAUGGACAGUCAUUCCACCAACGCGUCAUCUCUCCCUUCACCCUCUCGACCUUCUGCAUGGUUCUACUGUAUAUCCCUACGCCCUGAAAGAAAGAAAGUGGAAGUGGGUUUUAGUCAGGACACUCAGGUUUAUUUAUAGACAGAUGUGGUAUCACACGUUGUAUAUGUGUGUGUGUGUGGGUGUGUCUGUGAGUGUGAGAGUUUGGCUGUGUGAUGGUGUGACCUUGAAGACAGGGCAGCCAGGCAUCACUGAUUUGGGUUUCUUUCCCGACUUACCAACCUAAACCAGUCAAUUCUCAAGAAAGCCCACUUUGCAAAAACAAGAUAUGUCAGUAUUCCUAUAUCACCAUUUCUAUAAUGGAGUUGAAUUGCAUGUUUCUUACAGACAGAAUCAAGAAUCCAUUGUCAUGUGUGACCACAUACAGCCUGUAAAGCUAGAAGUAUACAUAGAAGCCUCUCAGGCACCCAUACUGGACCUCACCUUGUACCGCCUUGCCGCCUCUCCAUUCAACUCUGCAUGUUUCCUCAAGCCAAACCGAAAUGGCCAAUCAGUACAUAAUCAUGGACACUCAACAAGGGGUUUACACUGGGGUGACUGAAAUGAGAUGGUUUUGGUGCAACAUGUCCCUAGAUAGUCACUGAGACAGUGAAAUUAUCCUGUACAUUCUUAAUGACAUUAUUUAUUCCCCUUUCCUUAAUUAUCCCCUUAGUUUAAUUAUCUUCUUCACCACUUUUCUGAAAUCCUAUAAGUUGUGAAAUGUUUGUUUGUCCUUCUCAGAAGGAUAUUUUCCUCAAGGGCAACUACAUUCUUGGCCACCCAUUAAAACUGACUUGAAUAACAGGAAAUGAAGGAUGUGUCAGGGUUGCAUUGCUGUUCAGUGCAUGAAUGCUUCUUAUAAUGUCUAAGAAUGCAUCUGUGGAAAAGUACCUGGCUGUAGACCCAUCAACACCACUCGGCUCAGACGGGCAAACUGGUGAAGUCUUUGGAAUACCUCCAAGUUCACUUCGCUUAACUAAUUUGCUAAAUGAUCCUAAAUGAAUGUAUUUUUCACUUGGAUGAGGUGGUUUGGAUCUCACAAGGCACAGCCGAGAUCCUGUAGCCAAACAUCCUGUUGAGUUUUGAGGAAGAAAGACCCCUUUAAAGAGGCCUCAGAGGUGCCUGUGUCACAUCUUGGUCUAUCAAAGUAUCUUAUUCAUUGUCAUGACUGCUUUUAUUUAACCUGUUCAUUAUCACAAUUGUAGACUCAAAGUUAAUGAAUGUACGUAUAAUAUAUAAAAAAACAUUUAUUAUACUAUAUACCCUGUUGUUUCAGUUCCCCUGGUAUUCAACCAUUUGUUUGUAGUCUGACAGAGGCAUGAAAACAUGUGUGCUAUGCAAUCAUUUUACACAUAUGCUCUGCCUCCACAUCAUGCUGCUUGUAUUCCAGAACAGUACCUCAAGAUUUACCAGCAUUUCCUGGUCUAGUUUGAUCAGUCUCUUUACCAAAUUGAUCCAGUCAUGACAAUGAAAGCCCUUUUUUUUUGUUUUUCAAAGUACACAGAUAUUUCCUCCCAACAGUUUCACCAGAUUAAUUUAGAAGAUUUUGGUGUGUGAACAGUUUUCUCAUGUGCCUAAGUGGUUUCCAAGACAGCACCAGGUAGUUUCUGGAAAAGGACUCUGACAAUGUAGUUAAUGUAGACGUCCUCUCCACAGACCAUCUCAACCUGUUUUAUUGCAGUCCAGGCCAUACAUCCCUUAAGAGUGGGUCCAUAGUGGUUGUGUAAAUUGUUUUUUCAUUGACACAUGCUGAACAGGUACUUUUGGCAAGCAAGCUUGCCUUAGAUUCUCACUGGAGAGUCAAUCACAACCUCCAUCACAUGGGUGCUUCCAAGGGUCGCAUACUGAAUGAAUCUGUGCCUUUCGGAUAUAUCUAUUUCUUUUUGAUUACUUAGCACAAUUAUGAUAAAGCUGAAGCAUGUAGGACAAGAGUCACAACGAUUCCUGUGAGACUAAAAAAAAGUAUUCAUCUUAAAGCUCAACAGUGCUUUCCAGACAGUAAUGGCCACACUAGCCACACUGUUAUUUUUACUCUUCACUUUGACCUCUUACCCAGUCAAAAUUGCCCUUUAAAAUGCUUCAAAUAUAGAACCUCCCCAUACGUCUGUCCUGCUGCCAUGCAUACUAGAGUAGAUCUUAUUAAUGUGCUGGGGAGGACACGAGGGCAUGGCUGUAGCUGCAUUGGUUACCAUGUCUAGGCAUGUGAUGGGCCAUGUUGAGCAUGCUGCAUAAUUGCCUUGUUUUGCGCACAACUUCUUUUCUAUGAGACAAGCAAGCCAAAAGUUGGGCAUAUUAGAAUAGAGACAAACCACACUGGACGAGACACUGUUUUUGAUACUUGAAUGCAGUGUGCAUGGUCCUUUGCAUGCCCCCCCCCCCCCCCCCCAUCCCUUUAAAAAUCCAUCCUCUGUUUUCACGGACAUUACUCUCACCCAGUCCUCUGAUGACAUUCCAACCUAAUUCCCUUUCUCUGAAGUACUUAUGCAGUGUAUGGACAUUGUACAAUUGUAAAGCAAUAAAAUGCACACUAAAUGAAGAAGUCUUUCAUGAUGCUCUUUCAUAAAUUGUUAAAAUGAAUGCUGACCAUAGCUUUUCAGAGUUUUCCUGAUGAGGAUGUUCAGUUCAAGACUAGCUGUUUCCUUCUACAUUGAGAGCAAAAGCCACUCACAUUACUAACUUACUUUAUUUGUUUCAAUAAAGUUUUUUUCUCAAAUGGA